GCGUCGUUGUGACAGUUGCCGCCAUCUCUUCCACUUUCGUGGGGUCUGCGGGGCUCUCAAUCAUUUCCAACGCUGUCUCUUACGCACUUGGGGAGGCAGAUACCGACUCCCCCAAGGAGCUGUACAACGUGAAGAGGAAAGCAGCCGUGGGGAGCAUCUACUUGCAGCUCCCAUUGCUGAAGGUCCUUCUGCCCAUGCUUCCACUCCAGUACCUCAAUCCGUUGAUCUUGGUGCCGAAGACGGAUCACAGUGUAGCUUCCGCCUCCGGUGGUUGGCAGAGCACAGGCAACUACGUCAAGUGCCCGGUAUACGACAACGAUGUUAUGAUUCACAUGGUCUAUGGAGUGAUGGUGAUUCUUUUGAUGGCCUACACAUCGUACCACAACAUGAUCCUUUACCUCCCGUCAAGAGACCGUGAUGUGGCGAGAGAGCUGCGAGAGGAGUUGGAGGUGAGACUCACUACCUCCUCAAGCAAAGACACCAUGGAUUCAAUGGACUCUGGGCAGUGA